GUGCCCGUGGUGGCCAUCACGACAACCGGGGGAGGGACGAGGUCGCUGACAGCCAUGUACGGCAGCCUGCUGGGUCUCCAGAAACUCAACCUCUUAGACUGCAUCUCCUACGUCGGUGGUUUAUCGGGUACCACAUGGACGAUGGCAAACUUAUAUGAAGAUGCUAAUUGGUCACAAAAGUACCUGGAGGAUGCAAUCAAGGAAGCUCGCAAGCAAGUAACCAAAUCCAAGAUCUGCUGUUUUUCUCUGGAGUGUCUGAAGUACUAUUAUAAUGACCUGAUGGAGAGGACUAAAGAAGGACAUAACACUUCUUUCAUAGACCUUUGGGGGCUUGUCAUUGAAUCCAUGCUACACGAUAAGAAAGAUGAGCAUAGACUCUCAGACCAACGGCAGGCGGUGGAUAAUGGUCAGAACCCGUUGCCCAUCUAUGUGGCCAUCAACCUCAAGUCCAGCUACAGUGCUCAAGCAUUCAGAGAGUGGCUGGAAUUCACUCCUUAUGAGGUCAGCCUACUGAAAUAUGGAGCCUCCAUUCGCGCCGAACAUUUUGGAAGUGAAUUCUUUAUGGGAAGGAUGGUGAAGAAGCUCUCAGAGACUCGGAUCUGCUAUAUGCAAGGCAUGUGGAGCAGUAUAUUUUCCAUUGAUGCGAUGUAUGUCUGGAAUUUGGCUACGGAUUCAGAGGACUUCUGGUAUAGAUGGACCAGAGACAGAGUGAAAGAUAUUGCAGAAGAACCCUUUCUGGCCUUGAAUCCCUAUGAGGUAGACACAUGUCUGUUAACCCCCACGAGUGCCCUUUCUUCUGCUCUGCGAGAUGUCUUAACAGGACGCCCAACAAUUGCACAGUAUCCAAAUUUUAUCAGAGGCUUCCAGAUGCAUAGCAAGUACCUGGAGAGUGAAGGAUUUUCUACCUGGAAAGACACAGUGAUAGAUUCCUUCCCAAAUAAACUGAUGGAAACAGCAAACGAUGAGCUCUCCCUGGUUGAUACUGGUUUCUUCAUCAACACCAGCUAUCCACCACUUUUGAGAUCGAAGAGGGAGGUGGACGUCAUCCUGCAUUUAAAUUACAGUGGAGGGUCACAGACACUACCUCUGGAUCAAAUUGCAAAAUACAUUUCGGGACAAGGAAUUCCAUUUCCCAAAAUCGAAAUCAGUGAGGAGGACAGGGAAAACUUGAAGGAGUGCUACGUGUUUGAAGAUGCUGACAGUCCACAAGCUCCAACAGUGCUUUUUUUCCCUCUAGUAAAUGACACCUUCAAGAAAUAUAAAGCUCCUGGUGUGGAAAGGAGUCCUGAAGAGAUGGAUGAAGGCAACGUUGACGUCUCCAGCAUCCUCUCCCCAUUUACAACAAGGGAGGUGUGUUUCAGUGAAAAGAAUUUUGACAAACUGGUGAAACUGACGGAUUACAAUGUCCUGAAUAAUGAGAAGUUGAUUAUUCGGGCCUUGCGCUUGGCAGUGGCACGGAGGAAGGAGAGGAAGUAUUAG